AUGUCUGCCAAAUCCAUCCUCGAGGCCGACGGCAAGGCCAUCCUCAACUACCACCUCACCCGCGCCCCUGUCAUCAAGCCCACUCCUCUGCCUGCAUCCUCGACACACAACGCCCCGCCCAAGCUCGCAUCGCUGUACUUCGCAGCCGAUGCCGACAUCAAGGGCGUGCUCGACCAGGCCGAGGUCACAUACCCGUGGCUGCUGGCUCCGGGCGCCAAGUUCGUUGCAAAGCCAGAUCAGUUGAUCAAGAGGCGAGGCAAGAGCGGUCUGUUGGCCCUGAACAAGCCCUGGGCGGAGGCCCGCGAGUGGAUCGAGGCGAGGGCAGGAAAGGCACAGAAGGUCGAGACAGUCGACGGUGUCCUGAGGCAGUUCUUGGUCGAGCCCUUCGUUCCUCACCCCCAGGACACUGAGUACUACAUCAACAUCAACUCCGUGCGCGAGGGUGAUUGGAUCCUCUUCACCCACGAGGGUGGUGUCGAUGUUGGUGAUGUUGACGAGAAGGCUGAGAAGCUUCUCAUUCCCGUCGACCUCAAGGAGUACCCUUCGAACGAGGAGAUCGCUGCCACUCUCCUGAAGAAGGUUCCUCAGGGUGUUCACAAUGUCCUCGUCGACUUCAUCUCGAGGCUGUACGCUGUCUACGUUGACUGCCAGUUCACCUACCUCGAGAUCAACCCUCUCGUCGUCAUCCCCAACGAGGACAAGACCUCAGCUGAGGUUCACUUCCUCGAUCUUGCUGCCAAGCUCGACCAGACUGCUGAGUUUGAGUGCGGUGCUAAGUGGGCUAUCGCUCGCAGCGCAACUGCUCUUGGCAUACCCGUUGCUCCCUCCAAGGAGACCAAGACUACUGUUGACGUCGGUCCCCCAAUGGAGUUCCCUGCUCCCUUCGGUCGUGAGAUGAGCAAGGAGGAGGCUUACAUUGCCGAGAUGGAUGCUAAGACUGGUGCAUCCCUCAAGCUCACCAUCUUGAACGCUACUGGCCGCGUCUGGACCCUUGUUGCUGGUGGUGGUGCUUCCGUCGUCUAUGCCGACGCCAUCGCCUCCGCUGGCUUCGCCAGUGAGCUCGCCAACUAUGGUGAGUACUCUGGUGCUCCCACAGAGACACAGACUUUCCACUACGCACGAACAGUCCUUGAUCUCAUGCUCCGUGCUCCUCAGCACCCUGAGGGCAAGGUCCUGUUCAUCGGUGGUGGUAUUGCCAACUUCACCAACGUUGCCUCGACCUUCAAGGGUGUCAUCCGUGCACUGAGGGAAGUUGCUGGUUCUCUUAACGAGCACAAGGUCCAGAUCUGGAUUCGUCGCGCCGGUCCCAACUACCAGGAGGGUCUCAAGAACAUCAAGAACGUCGGCCAGGAGCUCGGCCUCAACAUGCACGUUUACGGCCCUGAGAUGCACGUAUCAGGUAUCGUGCCUUUGGCGCUUGUCCCUGGCAAGACAACGGACAUUAAGGAGUUCUCUGGUUAA